CACGCUUGGCCACUUGGCUCGCUUUCCGUACUCCGCGCCUUGCCCCGGGCACUCAGAUGACUUGAGACAUCAUCUGUCUACCUCCUCCUUGCACACUCCGCCCGUUUUCUUCUGCUUACUACACCACUCCGCUCUCUGCGCAAGGGCUCCGCCACACGCCGAUGGGAAAGACGUCUGACUUUCUUCGACCAGACCGAUACCGUUCCCAAGCGAGACUUCACGCUGGACGCACCCUUUCAUCCUCAGCACCCGGAGAUAGCAACGGAGGCGCGAUCCUACCCUUGCACAACGCGUCACGAGACACUUCUCGUCCUGCACAAACUGGCGGACUAAACGAUCCACAAGAUGCUGGGCUUGGAGGACCAUCGUCUGGACCCUCAGCCAGUAAUACCCUUCCCCACGGACGCGAUGGAGGCGACGGGGAUGGCGACUAUAUUGUUAGCGGAAUCGGAGAGCACAAGGGCAUGUCUGAGAAGUCCACGCACAACGACACCGAAGACGCAACAUCAAAGUCCGUGCCUCCACCAGCGCCCCCUCCGCAUACCGCGCCUUCGAGCUCUGGAGAUUCCGCCAUAAAGCCCACCAAAGGCGAGGUCACGCUCGCCAAGAAGGAGAAACCAACCAUCGGCAAGUACAUGCUUGGUCGUAUCAAGCGAUUCUACAUGCACACCAAGAACGCCAUCUUCUCAAGCUGGGUUAACGUUCUGCUCAUAUUCGUACCGCUCGGUAUUGCCAUGGACGCCGCGAAGUUGAACCCCGCGCUCGUCUUCUCCAUGAACGCUAUCGCGAUCAUUCCACUCGCUGGCUUGCUCAGUCACGCUACCGAAGCCGUGGCCGCACGUAUGGGCGAUUCACUCGGCGCGUUGCUGAACGUCACUUUCGGUAAUGCGGUCGAGCUGAUCAUCUUCAUCAUUGCUUUGGUGAAGAACGAAAUCAACAUUGUUCAGGCUUCCUUGAUCGGGUCAAUGCUUUCCAACCUCUUGCUUAUUCUGGGCAUGUGCUUCUUGCUUGGCGGCUUGAGGUAUCGGGAGCAGAUCUACAAUAGCACGGUUACGCAGAUGAGCGCUUGUAUGCUCAGCAUCAGCGUGAUGAGUCUGCUCUUACCCACUGCCUUUCACGCCUCUUUCAGCGACGCCAGCACCGCUCAAGCGGACAGGGCCGUGCUACGUGUCAGUCGCGGCACCAGCGUCAUCCUUCUCCUCGUCUACAUCCUCUAUCUCGUCUUCCAGCUCAAAUCACACGCAUACAUGUACGAGAGUACGCCACAAGAGAUUAUCGAUGAAGAAUCCCACCCGGGCGUCUUGGCCGACAUAAUGAACUCCUCCUCAUCCUCCUCGGACGACAGCAGCUCCACCGGCGACUCCGAUACCGACACCUCCGGCUCCAUCAUGACCAAUGGACGCAAGAUCCGCAAGAAACUCUUCCGCAGUCGACGCAGACGCAAGUCCAACGCCAGUGCUAGCAGCACCACGCAAUCCGUCCCGUCUGCACUAAGCUCACCUCUGACGGAAGAACGGCAGGGUAGCUACUGGGAAUCGCAAGUUGGUAGCCGCGCGCCUUCUCGUCGCGAGUCUAUGCUUCAUGUCAUCGCUAGCGCGGACGAAGGAGACGCGGAUCAGGAGGAUGGUCGUCACAAUAUCAUGCCUCGUAUUCGCGAUUUUGUGCAGAAUGGUGAAAGCGUAAAUCAGGGCGAUGAGUCUAAGGUCGUGGAGAAGAAGAAGUCGAAGCGGAAGCAGCAUAGGAGACAUCGCAAGAGGCAUCGGCGUUCGGAUGCGGAGAAGGAGGCCGCGGAGCAGCAGCAGGAGAAGGAAGCCGCAGCGAUCGAGGCCGAGAAGGACAAGUCGGAGUCAGCGGCCCAAGGACCUGUCGAUCAGCCUAAGGUAGGCUUCGCGGAUGAUGUCGAGUUCGUUCAGAACAACAACGAGACUCGUGAUGCGGUACCCGACCCCGCGACCGCGGGCAGAGUGGCGUUCAAUAUGCGCCAGCUCUCCUCUCGCGUCAGUUACCGGCCUGGUCUGCCGAAGAUGCUCUCGAACACCGUCUUCACGCAGCCGCCUCCACGUCCGGAACCGAGGGCUGGCAAUCCUGCGCUCGUUCGUCCGGUCGGCGCUGCUACGAUAGCAAGUCGCCCAGCCAAACCAACUACGACCACCCGCACCCGCUCCGACAGCCACGGGCUGCGCCGAACCAACUCUCUGCCGGACCGCCUGAAUCACCGUCCGCAGGUCGAGCGAACCGCAACACCCACUCACGUCACCCAUACCGACCCCUUACCACCCUUCCAGCAUCAACGUCAACGCCAGGACAUCCGCGCCGCCAACCCCUCCGACACCCCGGGUUCAGACAGCGACGAAGACGAGCACGAAGUCACUCUCUCCCGCACCGCAGCAGUAGUCAUGCUCCUCCUCUCCACCGCCCUCGUCGCCGUCUGCGCCGAAUUCAUGGUCUCCGCCAUCCCCGGCAUGCUCGCCUCCACCUCCUCCGUCAGCGAGGCCUUCAUCGGCCUCAUCAUCCUCCCCAUCGUCUCCAACGCUGCCGAACACGUCACCGCCGUCACGGUCGCCAUGAAGAAUAAAAUGGAUCUCGCCAUUGGCGUCGCGAUCGGAAGCAGUAUUCAGAUUGCCAUAUUCGUGACCCCGCUUGUGGUUCUGCUGGGCUGGAUCUUGAGGACGGAGAUGAGUUUGUAUUUCAAUUUAUUCGAGACGAUUAGUUUGUUCGUUACGGCUUUUGUGGUCAACUUUCUUAUCUUGGACGGGCGGAGCAAUUACAUGGAGGGCAGCUUGCUUAUCGCCGCGUACGUGGUUAUUGCGGUGGGGGCGUUCUAUUAUCCGGGGAGUGAUGCGCAGAGUGCAGUGGGCGGGGCAGGGACGUCUUGAGGGGCGUAACCUAUUGGGAUGGGAGUGAGACAGUGUGUGUGGGGAUGAGGUAUGAGAAGGAGUGUGGGAGGAUGCAGGUGGCGAUGAGAGGGUGGGCUUCGUGCUGGAGGGUGUGGGGCUGAGGGU